GCUACAGUUAGUACAGAGACAAGAGUCGAGUGUGGGUCAGGGGCUCAGUGCAGGUUUGUGUUAUUAUUAUUUGUUUCCACCGAAGACAGUUUUCACUCAUCUUACAUUCUCAGUGCUUUGCACGUACCUCCAAAAUAUCUGUCCGGAGACCGGAGAUAUCGCAUAAUGGCUUCGGCAGACGCCUCAGCAGCGCAGGUAUCGAAGGAAAUCGGACUAGCGUGCAAGUCAGACUUCAAUGAGUAUCAGCACGCUAGCAAGGAGAAAGGUUGGGUGGUGGUUAGUAUCCAAGCGCCCCAGUGCCAGGAGGAUGAAGAUGGAGAAGUCAGUGAGAAGGAUCGGGCACCGUUGGAGCUCGUUGCGGUGAUUGAUAAAAGUGGCAGCAUGAGGCAGGACAAUAAACUGAAUAUGGUCAAGGAAACCAUGGUCUUCGUCAUCCAACAAUUGAGUGAGAAUGACAAGCUGGGAGUCGUCCUGUACGAUACGGCUGUGACAUCAACUGGUACACUCAAGAAGAUGGAUGCGAGCGGCAAAGCGGAAAUGACUGAUCUGAUCGAACGCUUGCACACAGGGUCCUGCACCAAUCUGUCUGGUGGGCUUCUGGAAGGAUUGGCAAUGAUUGAAGACCUGCAGAAACAGAAUGCCGGCGGCGAUACAAGUGUUAAAAAGGAAAAGAAAACGGUGUCAUCUAUUCUUUUGAUGACGGAUGGUAUUGCCAAUAGGGGCUUGACCACAAGGCGAGAAAUUAUUGCCUGCUUAACACAACGAGGCCGGCAUGACUUCUAUCCUACUGGUGGCCAUCGCGCUACUAGCAUUGAGCAGCAAGAAAGCCAACUUAGCCAAGACAUGCACCGUCAGCAACAUUUACCACCGCUACACCGCCGGCCACCACCACCAGCAGGACCACCACCAGGAUCAGCAGCACCACCCCCACCCCCACCAGGAGGACGACUGCCACCAGCAGGACCACCACCAGCAGCAGCAGUUAUGUCAGCAGCACCACCGCCACCACCAGCAGCAGCAGCAGUACCACCACCACCACCAGCAGUUACGUCAGCAGCAGCAGCAGCACCACCACCACCACCGGCAGCAGAAGGACCACCACCACCACCGCCACCAACAGGACCACCACCGCCACCAUCGGGCCCACAAGCUGGAACAUCAGCAGCAGCAGCAGCACCACCACCACCACCUCCACCUGCAAUGACACCCGCAGUGACCUCUUCAUCAGCUGACUCUUCUGAACUCAGUGACGUUGUGGCUGCAACUGUCUACACAUUUGGCUUUGGUAGUGAUCACAAUGCCGAGUUGCUGCAAGCGUUGAGUAAUGCUGGUAAUGGAAUGUAUUACUACAUUGACUCAUCUGAGAAGAUUCCAGAGUCAUUUGCCGACUGCUUGGGUGGAUUGCUGAGCACAGCCGCUCAGAAUAUAUCUCUGGAAAUCAUGGCUGAGAACGGCUGUAACAUAGUGGAAGCCUAUGCGGGUCGAAGCACCAAAUCAACACAUAGUGGUGUUGCCAUUACAUUGCCUCUGGGAGAUAUCCAGUCAGAAGAAUGCCGCGACUGUGUGUUCUGCUUGGAUCUGCCUGAUUUACCUGAAGAGUGUGAUGAAUGGGUUAUUCUCAGGGCUAAACUCACCUGCUUCAAUGUCAUCACAAGCCUGCUGGAGGUGACCGAAGCCUCGCUGAAAGUACGCAGAGUUAAGGAACUUCCAGCUGGUCGCUCACCCAACCCUGAUGUUGACCAGCACCGUAACCGCAUCACCUCAGCUCAAGUCAUUCAGAUUGCGUCAACACUGGCAGACCGAGGGGAUCUUAAUGGAGCAAGACAUAUGCUGGCUCAGCAACAAGCAGCAAUCCGGUCCAGUGCAUCAAACUCUCGUCAAGUAACAGCGGAGCUGGACCGAGACAUGGAUCGUGUUGCAGCAAGCCUGACAUCCACAUCCAAAUGGCAGCAUGGCGGCAAGCAUUUGAGCUCCAAUAUCGGACAGAAGCACAUGGCGCAGCGGAGCAACGACACCACUGAGUCAGGCUAUACCAACCGCAUGAAGGGCAAGAAGAAGGCAGCCUUCACCAGCCAUGCCACGCAAUAAUCUGAUAAAAGGGUCGUGAGAAUGCCUGAUUUACUCGUCCAACGACACACCUCCACCGCCAUUACCAUCUAGACAAACACCGUGGAAGUACCUCGGUUCACUGCACUGUGUACACUCGUACCUGCAAGAAGUGCUCUCGUAUGUGGUCGUGUACUGUCUGGUUGAUUAGUGGUACACUCAGGUAGAUAGAUUGUGUUUAGAUGUACGUUAUUCAACAUGUGUACGGCUGGUCUUUCAAGUACCGUUCCUUGUGCUGUUAUGAUUUAGAACAGGCUGCCUUUCAAGGAAUCAAGCUUUACAUAUGGCUGUCCCUAGCAGUAUGUGUGACAUCACUGCCGUAUUUCUGAAACCGGCGCCGGUCUUUUACUACCGCCUGUCUGAACAGGUGCCGCAUCAUUUCGGGCUUUUGUGUGGAUUUUGUUCAAAUUUUGUGGAAAUGUAGAGCUUGCAAACCACUAUGCGCCUUGGCCAGUAGUGCUGCCGAUAACAUUGCAUCUUACUGUAUGAUCUUGUAUUCUCACAAUGAUGACCAUGGCCAAUAGGAGAGAUGAUCUGGUCACAGGGGCAUAGGAAGGUAUUUUUAACAUUUUUAGUGUGGUGCGGUCAGCCAUAUUGUUGCGGAUUUCUGUUCGACUAUUAUUUACGCACGUUGUUGUAUUUGGUUCUUGUCUCGUAGAGUUCAGUGUGUGAUGUCAUAAUUAUAUGGUCCAAGUGUGCGCGUGAGUAUGGUGUGAUGUGUGACGUUUAUGGUAUGUGGUGCAUGCAAGAGUGUCAAUAUGCGGUGUCAGAGUGUGAGGAUCUGCUUCCAUCUGUGUGAGAAUGACUGUCAAGUGAAUGUUGUACAUGCGCAGUGCUAGUUUGGUCUGGGAAUGAGAGUCCUGUGUGAUUUGUCCGUGACCUGGUUGUCUUGGUCUUGGUCAUGUGUUCUGUACGUAUUAGUCCCUGAUUGGUCGUCCCGAUUAAUUUUGUCGUCGCCUUAUUACUGCUUGUUCUUUGUUGUUUCUUCGUGUCUUUUCCCGGGUGUCUUUUCCCGUCGUCGUUUUCAGUCUAGUCUUUGUGUCUUUCUCCUCCUGCGCCCUCGUCAUUUAUUGGUAUAAUAAUUAUAAGAAUUGAGACACAA